UUUCGAGAAACAACGCCGCUGGUGACCGCUCAGCGAGUUCAAGUUUGAAAGUAAAACUGAGCAGAGCAGAGCCCGCCCUAACAAAUGAAUUGAAGACUUAGAGAGAGAGAGAGAGAGAGAGAGAGAGAGAGUUAGGGUUUCGAAUCAAUGGAGGCCGCAGUGGUCGACGCCGGCUCCAAGCUCCUCAAAGCUGGUCCCGCUAUUCCUGACCAAUCUCCUUCCAUGAUAAUUCCUACGCAAAUGAAACGAGUGCUUGAAGAGGGAUCGGUGAACGAAAGCUCGUUGUCUGAGGAUAUUACCGUUGAUCCUGUCGUUCGGGGUUAUAUUAGAGAUUGGGAUGCAAUGGAGGAUCUGUUGCACCAUGUUCUGUAUACUGGACUUGGCUGGGAAAUUGGCAAUGAAGGGCAGAUACUAUUUACCGAUCCACUUUCUACCCCGAAGGCUGUCAGAGAGCAGUUGGUGCAACUGAUGUUUGAAAUGUUUAACAUAUCGGGCUUCUAUGCUUCAGAACAAGCUGUAUUGUCGCUUUAUGCAGUAGGACGAAUCUCAGGAUGCACUGUUGACAUUGGUCAUGGAAAGAUAGAUAUUGCACCAGUAAUUGAAGGUGCGGUUCAUCACAUUGCUUCCAGAAGGUUUGAAAUAGGAGGUGUCGACUUGACAAAGUUACUUGCUCAGGAACUUGGAAAAUCCAAUCCAUUUGUUAAUAUCAGCAUGUCUGAUGUUGAGAAAAUAAAGGAGCGAUAUUCAUGUUGUGCUGAAGACGAACUUGCUUAUGGGAAGCUUGAAAGUUCAUGCCAGACAGAAAAACAUACUCUUCCCGAUGGACAGGUAAUUACAAUUGGAAGAGAAAGAUAUACAGUCGGUGAGGCUUUAUUCCAACCAUCUAUAUUGGGUUUAGAGGCACAUGGAAUUGUUGAGCAGCUUGUUCGUAGUAUCUCAGCAGUAUCAUCUGAUAAUCACCGGCAGUUACUAGAAAACACGGUAUUAUGUGGUGGCACUGCAUCCAUGACUGGUUUUGAAGAAAGGUUUCAGAAAGAAGCUGGUCUCUGCUCAUCUGCUAUUCGUCCUGCUCUGGUCAAGCCUCCGGAAUACAUGCCCGAGAACUUGACAAUGUACUCAGCGUGGGUGGGAGGUGCCAUACUUGCCAAAGUUGUGUUCCCACAGAAUCAGCACGUAACGAAGGCAGACUAUGACGAAAAUGGACCUUCCGUCGUUCAUCGGAAAUGUUUCUGAUGCUGUAUUUUGCUGUACAAGCCCUUGGAUAUCUGUAGGUUCGUUGUACUGUGGUUCAGUUUAUAGUAGUGCAAAACAUCGUGUUGGUUAGACUCUACAUGUAGAAAAUUCUCAAACACUUUGAGCUAAAAAUUCCAAGACCUCGGCAGGAAGAGCCACAAGACCGUUGAAGAAUAGUCUUUAGCAUCUUCCGUAUUUGCUCCAAGAUCACAGCAUUAAAGUUGCAAUUUUUUUUCUAAA